CAGGAAGUCUGAAUUGUACACACACAAACAUUGUUGGAAAACCCUGAAUGGGUGUCAACUCAUCGCAGGGCACAAUCGCACAACCAUUUACACAAUUUGGGAAUGCGGAUCAGGCAUCGCAUGUCUUUGGACAGCUGAAGGAAAGAGGAAGGGCGUCAUUUCAACUCCACUUUUAAGCUUCAGCAGUUAAUGGAGACCUAGAACAGCACAUUUGGGUGGUGAAAAGAGGAUCCACAGCACAACAGCGCUCUUAAACUUCUAUAACCCGCUGUUAACGAGAACCAGACCAUGUUAACCCUCAAAGGACUGGGCGUAUGUGAGCUGAGCCUGUGCUGUGCUUUCCUCCUCCUUCUGCGUGGAGUGCAGUCUGAUUCCAGUAAAACUUUGGAGCUGAUGUCUAUGUACCGACUGAUAGAUGGACACAAUGACCUCCCUUUGCACCUGCGCAUGCUCGGGAAUAACAAACUCAGCCAGUUUGAUUUGUACAACAGCCCGAAAACAGCUACGGAUAUUACCCGACUCAAAGCUGGUCAUGUUGGAGGACAGAUGUUUGCGGCAUAUGUGUUAUGUACAGCUCAGGACAAGGACGCCGUUAGACUGGCAUUGGAGCAGAUUGAUGUGAUACGACGUAUGUGCACUGAAUACCCAGAGCUGGAGUUGGCUACCACCGCUGCAGAAAUGAAUGCCACAAAGAAGAUAGCUUGUUUGAUCAGUGUGGAAGGAGGCCAUGCAAUUGAUAGCAGUCUGCCAGCUUUACGCAUGUUCUACCAACUUGGAGUGAGAUCUAUGGCACUCACACACACCUGCAACACACCUUGGGCAGAAAGCUCUUCCCUAUAUUACCCUUACUACAAGAGAGAAAACAAAAGCUUGACAGAAUUUGGAAAGGCAGUAGUGCAUGAGAUGAACAGACUGGGAAUGUUGAUUGAUCUGUCUCAUUCUUCCUGGGCUACAGCGGAAGCCGUGCUGCAACUUUCCAAAGCUCCGGUCAUCUUCAGCCACUCCGCCGCCUACAAAAUCUGUAACAACCCACGCAACGUCCCUGAUAAACUGCUUCUCAUGCUGAAAGCAAAUGGAGGACUCAUCAUGGUGAACUUCUACAGUGAUUUUAUAGCCUGUGGUGAUCAGUCAGAUGUCUCUCUUGUAGCUGACCAUUUUGACUAUCUUAAGCAUGUGAUCGGAGCAGAGCACAUUGGAAUCGGGAGUGACUAUGAUGGGGCCAGCGGAUUCCCUCAGGGUCUGGAGGAUGUGUCUAAAUACCCUGCUCUGAUUGGAGAACUAUUGCGUAGGCACUGGAGUGAGGCGGAUCUGGCAGGUGUGCUGAGGCUCAACUUUCUCAGAGUCUUUGAGAAAGUGGAGAAGAUACGUGAUGAACUACGCAACACUCUUCCCAGUGAAGUGUCAAUCCCCCUUGCAGAGGCCCAAAACGAAUGCCGUUUGGUUCUGAGGCACCCGAAUAGCUCAAAAAUGGUCAAGUCAUCUGGUAUGCAAGCGAGUAAUCUUUUAGGCUCAGGUGCUCUGUUUUGGACUGUUCUCUUUUUCCACUUUAUGCUGCUACAUAAACCGACAUAUCUGAAUUGAUUCUGAGACAAUAGUUCAUUUAAAAGUCUCAAGAAGUUCUUUGUGAAAAGGGCAUCGCAAGUUUGAGUACUAUUAUAGUGAAGCCAUAUAUUCAAGCCAUAUAUUCAGUAUAUAUACUGAAGACCUUGUUUAUACCUGGUUUUCAUGCUGUUGCAAAUUCCCCUUCUCAGCAUGUGGUGGGUUUCCCUGUGUAAUGAAUGCUGCCUAUUUUGUUUUGUUGAGUUCUGUCCAGGUGCUUUUUUGUUUACUUUGCCUGUUUACCUGUGUUUCUGUAUUCGAUUCUGUCUCUACCCUGUCUCAUUACUUGUCUGUUACCUAAUGUGUGCACCUGUUCCGAGUGCAUCCCUUGACUAGUUUUCUUUAUAUACACUCAUGUUCCUUUGUUUCAUCGAAAAGUCUUGUUCAUUGUAAGAGUGCAUUACUGCGCUGCCUUCGAUGAUUCAGUGUUUCCUAGUUGUGACCUUGACAGCACUUUUGUUUUUGAAUUUUCCUUGGUUGUCACUGCCUGCAUGGGAAUUGACCCCCUCCAGGGAUUGUGAUGAUGAUUUUUGGCUUAUCCCUAAUAAACAAUAAGGAGUUUAUGCACUUACA